UCAUUUCCCACUCUGUAUCCUGCCGAGGCCGCCUCAAUUUCACGCCUCAGCUGCAGAGCCAGGCCCAGAUUGUCUCCUAGAAUUCUGGGGUUUGCAGGCAGGGGCUGGCUGGGUGGGCGGGGCUUGGGGCGGGGCCUCCUUGGCCCCUGUCCGGUCGCCGUGACGACCGCGGCACGAUGGCGACGCCGCGGGAUCCGGCUCUGGGACCCGACCGUGGGUUGCUGAAUCCCGAGCAGCUGGAACAGCUGCGAAAUUUCAAGAUCCAGACUCGGAUUGCUAACGAAAGGUACCUGAGGACCCACAAGGAAGUGGAGUUGCUCCUAAGUGGUUUCUUCAGAGAGAUGUUCCUGAAAAGACCAGACAACGUCCUAGAAUUUGCUGCAGCAGAUGCUGCCUGUGACUCAUAUUUGCCAGUUGUAUGAAAACCCUCUUCUGUCAUCAUGCCGCAGAGCCUGGUUCUCCUCUGGAGGGUAUUCUCAAGAGAGGGCUGCACAGUACUUCAGAGGAGGCGCUGGCAAGCCAAGUGGAGAUCAGAAUAAUCGUUGGCAUUUAUUGAGACCUCAAGAUGGGCCUGGAACAGAAAACCCAGACAAUCCCCCAGCCCUUGAUGGCUCCCUGAGUGUCAGCAAGCAGCUAGCAAAUGGCAUGGUGCAGUGUGGCAGGGGCAUCCUGUGUGAGCCUUCCUGGGACUAGGAGCUGCCACGUCCGGAGCCGUUCUGGUGGGGGCCAUGUGUCACUCAUGCUAUGAAGUGAGGCAUUCAUAGCAGUCAGAGAAACAAGCCAUUCUAACUUUUUAGCAGAGCAAGCUGCCUCCCUCCUAGUCUUUCUCUUGAGUAUAGAUGAUUUUUUCUUUUUGAUUUAUAUCCCAGACUAUUUCACAAAUCCAACACUUCCCAACAAGAUUUACAUGCAGCUAAUUAAAGACAAGAAAAUGACUUAAUUAGCAAAAUCACCAUGCUCAGCUGUUGGGAGAGACCAGACGGAACCCAAGCUCGGGGUCAUCUGGAUGCACGAGAGCCCAGCUGUGUGGGUUUCUAGGCUGCCUGGGUUCUGUCUGCCAUGGCAAAGGCUUUUAAAGAUCCUCAUUAAAAAUAGCAUCUCUUCCUGC